CGGGUGAUCUGCGGUGCCCUGAGUAGCCCAAAAUCAUAACUCGGUGAAUUUCUGAGUGAUUGCCAAGUAUCGAGCUGAAGCGAUGAACCCAGCUGUAGCCUAUAACCCGAUUUACGCUUAAUUCAUCGUUUAGAGAGACCAAUGACGAUCUAAAUGAGAUCUGACAUGGUAGUAUUUUGAUAUGCAAUCCUUUUUUUAGACCAUGUGGGUAAACCCGUGAAGCCUUACUGUACCCCAGACAGAAGCAUGCGACGAAACAUCUCGUAAUAUAUAAACAUGAGAUUCCCACUCGGGUAAAUCAUAACUUUAUCAAUUCAUCAACAGUAUACAACGCUGACAUACCAACUUACCUAUACAUUCGCUACUGCAUAUUAACUCGAUCUCAAUCAGUUAAAUCAUCAUGCUCGCCAACGCCAACGCUUCGUUCUUUAUUGGGCUCCUCGCCCUCUCUAGCACCGCCGCCGCUGCGGGAGGUGCCGUGCUCAAGCGCGACGGUAGCGCACCAACGGCUACCACCACGCCCGGCGCAACGUCGACCACAUGCGACAACCCCAACCAAACCACCGGUUACCCUGACUACAGCUCCUUCUGCCAGUGCCCACCCUACACUGCUGAUUCCCCGGCUUUCGGAAACCCGUACCUGGGUCUAGUCAAAUGCGACACCACCUGCACCCCCGCCAACGCCACGCAGACUUUGGACCAUCCCGAGACCGGUAGCCUGUCGGACUGUAUCAAUGCCUGCACUGGCUCGUACGAGAAGGCCAAGCGCGAUGGACUCGAGAGCCGACAGGAUGAUGGAUACUGGUACUGCCACGGUGUGAACUUCAUCCAGGGCCAGCUUUGCCAAUUCAUCGGCGAGCUUGGCACCCGCGAGUUCAACGAACAGGGCCCCGACUGCUGGUACCUCGACGACUAGAGGAUACGAUUAAUGUGCGAGGAAGCCGGAUUUUCUUGGGUUCCCACCAUGGCUAUGAGAUAUGCGGGGCUGGGAAGGGAAUUGGAGGACUGACGGCUUCGAUGGGCAACGCCACAUAUUAAUAUUCUUCCAAAGCAUGACGACAUGGGUGUAUAUAGUGCGGACUUAGGAGUUUUUAGACGGUGCUAAAGAGUUUUAGGAGUAUGCAUUAGAACUAAUUUAUACUGUCGCACGGAUACGAUUGUCCUUGGUGGGCUUCAUUUCUGGCUGUGCCGCAUACGACCAUGAACUCAUUGUGUAACGAUAGGGCUAGACUUUCCAAAGUUGAUGGUUUAAUCCAAUGUAAUGAGUGAUUUGUCAUACUUAAGAGUUCAUUCUACUUAUGUUAUUGCUUGAAAGCGUCUGAGAGUGGGAUACGGGUACCUGGGUAUGCAGGUAUAAA